AUGGCGCCGCCGGGCGCGCGAUCGUCCUCGGUCGCGGCGACGAGCGCGUACGCGGCGGAUGAUUUCGUCCCGGCGCGUCGACAGAGCGUGCGUGUGCGCGGAUCGGGCGACGCGAGCGAUGCGGGUGGGAUGUCUCCGGCGAGGUCGAUGUCUGACUCGUUCGAGGUGCACGCGCUGUGCGUCGGCGAACGCGCGAUCUCGUGCGCGGGGGCGAGCGCGGCGACGCCGGGCGACGCCGUCGUCGCGUUCGCGCCGCGCUCGGGCGAAAGUAGAGGCGGUUCGAUCGAGAAAAUGAUCGUUUGGCGGCGCGCGGAUGGGUUCGGCGGGUUUCGCUCGUGCGCGACGGCGAGCGAGGCGAACGACGUCGCGUGCGGGGCUAUCGAUGGGAGAGUUGUGGUGUAUAGAUUAGGGUUCGAUAGGUUCGGGAACGUCGCGAGCGCGGCGCUGAUUCGGACGCUGGGUGCGAGCGGUUCCGCCCCGGCGCGGCGGUUGGCGACGGUUCGAUGCGGACGCGGCGAGACGUUUUUAAUCGCGUGCACGGGAGACGGUGGGCGGGUUUUGCGCGUCUGGGGAGGUGAGACGUACGACGAGAUUAUUAAUGAUACCGCGGGGAAGGGGUUCGCGUCUGGGAGCGAUAAAACGUGGAUCGGGACCUCGAGCGCGUACGCGAAGACGAGCGACUCGUCGUUUUGCGCGACUUCGUUCGAUCGUAAGAGUUUGAUGUGCGUCGAAGUCGGCGCGAACGGCUCGUGUAAGUUAGCGUGGCGAUCGCGCAGGGAACCAGGUCGUGGGAUAUUCCUCGCCGGUGCGGCGGUGAUCGAGCGCGGGGGGGUUAAAUCGUCAAGGGCGGUCGCGACGUGUUCGUGCGCCGAAAUGGUUUCGGGCACGACGUACGCGGCGCCCGACUCAACCAUCAAACUCGUCAUCGUCGACGCCGAGGACGGCUCCGAGUUCGAUAGGUUUCAAAUCGAAGGUCUCGGCGCGUCGAACGUGUUCGUCGACUGUGGGUCACUCCAGGGCGUCGGAUCGAAUUUAUUCCUCGCCUUGAGAGACGGCGCGGUGUGGGUCAUCAAUUCCGGAAACGGCGCGCUCGUGACGUCUUUGCACCCUCCACAAGAUUUCGUGGACACCAGUGGGCAUAAACGAACGCUUCCAAGUUUACUCGCCAUCACGCCCUCGCGAGAUGAGAUGUACGGCGCCACCGCGGACGGCGGCGUCGUCAACGCGUGGAGAGUGGGCGUACCGAGGUACUGGAGCGCAAAGUCGCACAAGAAUUUUCCAAUCGCGUUCCGCGAGGCGGUGAUCGCGCUAUUGAUGUGCGCCAAGAGAGCGGCGUCGUCUUCGACAGAGAGAGCGUUCCGCACGAUGACGAUAUCGAACAAGACGAAUGAGAGCGUCGUCAGUGGGGUGGACGGAAACUUUGAGCGACUCGCGCACGUCGAAGGGUUCUUCGACGUCGUCUUGAGUGAGCCGGCUCUGUUGGAGAUGAUCAUAGCGCGCAUGGCGAAAUCGCAGUACGGAUGCGACGUCGUGGAUUCGUGCUAUUGA